AUGGGGAACUACUUGCUGCACAGCGAGAUCUUCCUGCUAACGGCUGGCGUCAUGGACCACUGGUGCAAGAGGCCCGAUUCCUUCGCGAACCUCAGCGUGGACGAGUGGAAGCAGUUGGCAAUCCCAAUCGAUGAGCACGGCCAGUACAGCCACUGCAAUGUUCGUGACCCGCCGGAUGGCGGUGACGAAGCGCGAGUCGUCCCUUGCGCGUCGUGGGAGUACGAUUUCUCCCUGUACGGGGACAACAUCGUCAGUCACUGGAACUUGGUAUGCGACAGGCAUUGGCUCAUCGGUGUCGCGAGGUCCGUGUACGCGGCUGCCAGCGUGGUCCCUCUAGCCGCAGCUACUUUGUGUGCGGACAGCAUCGGCCGCCGGACAGCGCUCUUCAUCACCAUUCCGGUGGUCCUCAUAUCGGCCGUCGCGAGUGCCAUGCCGAACGACUUGCACUUCUUCAUGGCCGUGCGCGCCGUUGUCUCCGCCUCAACGAGUGCUCUGGUGCCACCAGCGAUCGCCCUGGUUGUCGAAGCGUCACCGAUAGAGAAGCUUGCCGCACACAUUGUUGCGAUCUCGUUGCUCUCGUUUGUCCUAAUGCCUGUAACGAUGUUCGCCGCUCAACUCGCCAGCUCGGGGUGGGUCGCUGUGCAACUCAUACUGAUGGUCCCCACGUGUCUGCUCGUGGCGCUCUAUUACACCGUAAAUGAAUCUCCCAGCUGGCUUUUGGUGACCGGCAAUUUCAAGGAAGCCGAGAGAGUCGCCUUGCGGGCAGCAUAUAUGAACGGCGUCAACGUGGAGGUUUGCCAAGAGCUUAUCGCGCACCAGAUAGCAAACGUCAAGGCAAGUGGUUGCGAAGCACCGGAAAGUAGCGGUCUCUGCUGCGCGCGACUGAGGGUCCGCACCAUCUUAGUGUGUGGCAUGUGGGCUGCGCUAUGCUACGGCUUCGACACAUUCAUCACGAAGGAUGGCAUUCCAGUCGGAGACGUCGCGACCAGCCUGAGCUUCGUCCUGUCAGCCGUUGCGUGUGUCGCCGCGGUGCCGUUUGUUGCAAGCUACGGUUUCCGGAACACCGUGGUCGGCUCGGGACUCGGCUUCGCUUUGACGUUGACCACUCUCGUUGCAACGUACACUAAAGGCGCAUUGUUGCGUGAUUCGCUCGUGGUCCUGAUGCGGGUGGCUGGCAACGUGUGCUUCACGUUCUUCAUAGCCAUGAGCAUAAAGUCGUACCCUAUUGAGACGCACUGCCGGGGAGCCGCCGCCAUACUCGCCUCUAGCCGAUUCGGGGACACACUGGGCCAGAUGAGUCCAGUUUUAAUGGGCGACCACUGCACUACGCUGCAGCUGGCCACUGCGGCCGUCUUGAUGUCACUCUUCGUUGUCGGCGCCGAAUUUCUGCCCAGCGACGCGGAUAUUUGGUUGCGGCACCAUUUGGCACGUGGUAGCAGCUUCGGUAGUCCAUCAAGUGAGGGUACUAAGCGUGCCAUGUUCGACACGCUGGUGCCUCUGCCAAAGGGACCUGUCCAGCGUCGGGCCACCAAGAUGAAGGACAGAGCCGCGUUAUCUGCCAACACGAGUCAAGCAACUCGCGAGAAAUAA